UAGAGCUAUAUAAACGUAUCAAUUCUGGACAUACAUUUAAUCAGAGAAAUUUUACACGAUCGAAAAUAUCUGAGAGAUCGACAGUGCAAAACCCUUAAAUGAUCAAUCAUAAAUCUACAUUUCAAUCAUACUUACAUGUGAAAUGUUCGUCCACAGCCUUUGAACUGGCGAUUUGUGCAGUUAAUAGCUGCACAUGCAGGCGUCUUAAGGCAACAUUUGUGUUCAAUCCGAGUUAAUAAAGUAAGUUCACCACGAAUGCAAAAGCUUGUCGAGAAGUGUUUCUUGCGAGUGGCAAUAUGGAAGUCAUAUUCACAAGUCAUCGCCAAUGAGCUAUCCAGAUAUAUAAUACAGAUCAGUGAGCCAGACAAAUAGAUGUCAGAUGUGUCUUUUUAAUUUCUCGUGACUUGUUUAUGGGGAGAACCAUUUUAGAACAAGUGAAGUUUUUUUCACGUUGGACGUCGGAUAUACGGCUCCGCAGCUACAGCGGCAGUUCCCGAUUCACUGUGUCCGGAAUACUCAGUCAUGGGGAGCACGCACGCACGCACGAGAAGUGCCUCUUCCAACGCUGGUAGUUUAUAUUUAGGGACCUUCAAUAAAUUACGAUUAUGUUGAAGACAUUUAAAAAAAAAAAAACAACUCCUAAAAAAAACCUGAUCUAUAACCAUGUUAAAUAAUCCUUCUCGAGUAUCACGCAUAAAUGUAAUAUUUUAUAUACUUUCAAUACAACAAAAUCAAGGGUUUUGCUCAGUAACUUCCAGGUUAUGUGUAUAUACUUCAAACUACUUUAUAUAGAAGUACUAACCUAGUAGUAUCUCCUGCCACUGACUACUGACACACCACUUGGAGGCAGAGGAGGACACAAAGAGGAAGAAACGAAACAAAAAGAAAAAGAAAAAAGACAUCCAGCAGAUGAUUGGUCGUCCAGAACGUCCCCAUCAGCCGCCGUGGGGGAGUUCCACUUUAAAGCAGGAGGAUCCGCAGACUGCCUCAUACCUCCACUAUCAGAUAGUGACAUGUCACACUCUCCUGAGGCUGGAGACAUGAGCAACACUGAAGAACCUUUGAGCAGCGAUAUGAGGACUGGCACUGACAGAAAAUACUCUAAAAAGAAGAGAGAGACCAGUCAGGCCACACCAGAAGCCAGUGCUUACACGGCCACAGCCACUGCUACCACAGCCCAGGCAGGGGCAGCUGCUGAUACUUUGAUGAUGAAACCAAGGAGGCCUUGACACAGGACCAGCCUGAUGAUGAGGAGCAACCCCCUGGUGAUGACCUACCUGGGAAGGGCCGUGCUGCUGCUGGUGCUGAAGACUCUGUCUCUCAGCACCCACACUUGGAGAGGGAUGAUGAACAGCGUCAGCCUCAGAAGAAGUAUCGCCGCAAGGCCCUCCUGCUCGACAAUGACACUCAGGAGUAACUCUUUGAGUGGGUCCGUGAGCACGAACUUUUGUGGAGGAAGGGGGCCACCGACUACAAGGAUACAAAGAAGAAGACGGAGCUUUGGACCAGGAAGGCAAGAGAGCUGGACAUUGAGGAGGGAGCUGAAGCUCUCAGGACAUGGUGGAAGUCAGCCCGGGACCUCUACACUAAGCUUCUCUCCAAGAAGUCUGGCCAGGCUGCACCGAACUUGACGGACAGAGAAGUGUUCAUCCAGAGGAACUGCACCUUCCUGCACCAGGAGGUGAAGCCCAGGAAAGGUCAGCCACUUAGAAGCAUACCCCUCACACAGGGGAACCUGUAGCCAGCCAGCCUCCAGCAGCCCAGCCCUUGCCGUCGGCCAGCACCUCUCGCCAGCCUUCCCACGACAUCGAGGAACAGGAAGAGGACGAGGGCUCACUCUCGCUCAUUGAAACUCAAGCGGCAGUCACGAGGUCCAUGGGCACCCCCUCACCAGCUCCCUCCACCUCCACCACCAGACCACGCUGUGCCGCCACCAGAGCCGAGCCUGAAGACUCCCCUGCGAUGCUGGAGAUGAGGGAUUGUAUGAAGGCCACCAACGCCCUCAUAGAGAAACUGGUCCAAGCCCAAGAGAUCAGCCAUGCAAGGCAGCCCUUUAUCACGUACAUGUCCCAGUCUCUACAACGACUACCUGAGGCCCAGUACCAGCUCACAGUGGAGAGGAUGAUGACCAUCCUCCACGAGAUGCAGCGACCCAUCCCUCACCCCCUUCGUCCAGCUCCACCACGUCCAGCAUCAGUAUUUUCACCCACACUCACAUUCUACCAGCAGCACCAGCAGCCGCAUUACUUCCAGCCCCAGCCUCAGCAUCACGGCUUCCAGCAGGACCCUCUCAACUUCCAGCAACAGUCUGAGCCUCAGCAUCAGCCUCAUCACUUCCAGCAAUUGCAGACACCCAGUGUCAGCCAGCCAUCCUCCACCCCAAGGGGCUCCAACGAAGGACUCAUGUUGUCAGACAUGCCGAACUUUUCCUCCAUUAACAUCACCGCCUCAGCUGGGACUGCUGAUGUACUUGCAGAGAUGAGGGCCACCACCGAGGAGAAUUGAGACUGCUUGUGAUGUGUUGAAGGGACUGCUCAGAUAUUUCAUGUGAAUUUUGUUUAAGGGAUGAGCUGGUCUGUUGUUUUGAUGUUUGCUGUUUAUUGUUUGCAUGUGCACUUGUGUGUUUGGGUGGUCUCAAAAGCUUUGAGCUGUAGUUAACAGCAUUUUUAUUAAACUGUUCUUGACUAAUUUGUUUACUUAAUAAUGAAAAUAAAACUUUGAACUAA